AAUCCAUCCAUAUUGAAUAAAGCUACUACAAACUCGUCAAAAUAUAUUCGAGUAACACCCAUUUCGAAGAAACCUAUUCAAUCAUCACAACAACAGCAGUCGCAAAAAAUACCAACAAAUAAUUACUCUCAAUUAUCGCCGAAUUAUCUGAAUCGAUUGGAUACAUCUGGUCGGCGUAUGAUCCUUUGUCGUCGUAAGGCAUCGAGUCUUAACGGUAAAGAAGUUGGUUAUUUUAAUCAACUAAAAGGUAAUAGUGGCACUAAUAACAGUGCAAGUCAAUCGGGUAAUGUUACACCAACUACAUCGGCCACUACAUAUAGAAUCAAAAAGCCAAUCUUAUCGUCAUCGAUCAGCAACAGUUCAUCGUCACAACCACCAACGCAACCAACUUUUGGUUUUGAUACGAAUUUUUGUUUCACAACAGCUAAUAACUUACCAACGGUGCAACCGCAUAACGUUGUUCAACAUCAAUCAACGCCACAGCCAAGCGUUGGAGGUGUAUCAAAAUCGCAUAGAUAUGAUCCAAGUCUCAAAAUGUCAUUGGAUUUAUCCAAUGUCCACGAUGACGUCUUUCAACAACUCUAUCAACCGUUAUUCGCAAAUGCUGUUAAUGAUCCCUUAUCGCGAUCAAUUAGAUUCAAACAAAUUAAGCAGUUCGAAUCAAUCUCAGCCUUCAAUAAAUGGUUUGAUAGCGUGAAUAUAGACGGUUCAGUGUGGCAUCUUGUUAGCAGAUUGUGCUUCGCUGUGAAGCCGCUUGAGUUGCAUGUAUACGCAUGCAGAAGUCAUGAUCGAUGCCCAUCAUUGUUGGCAGUACGCUAUUCUUUAUACGUGGAUGAAAUUCGAGUGUUUACUGGAAGAGAGCAUAACAUUGUAAAUUCAAAUUCUCAAGCUGCAGAUAAAAGUGUAGCAGCUGAUCACGAUGAUGAUAUAGAAGUUCUUUGGCCACCACCUGAUCGCAGUAGAUCAGUGAAUUCAGAUGGUGAUGAUGUGGGGCGGUCAAAAAUGGCAAACUCAACAGAUUCAAACGAAAUUUCCUCCACCUAUGAGCCAUCGACAUCAAAAGUUCAAGCUUCAAGAAUUGGUGAAAAUUUGGCAGAUGAUGCUGCUUCAAGAACUGUUAUUAAUGCUUCUUCGCCACCGCUAAUACCUUCGGCAAAUGAUGCGUCAUCAAGAACCGUUAUUAAUGCAUCUUCACCACCGCUGAUACCUCUUCCAUCUCAAGCUCCUUCUGCACUCCAAACGGAAUCAAUGCCUGAAACUGAUGGCCUUGUUAACAUACCACUUCCCACGGAAGCAAACACCGCCACUUCAGAGCUGUUACCUUCAACGAGCACUGCAAGUACAGAUUGUCUCAUCGCUCAUCAUGCAUCAUCUGCUCUUGAUCCGAAUGAAAUAACCACAAAAGAACAACAGAUAGCGGAUGGAAAUGAGAUGACUCCAUCAGAAACAAAACAUCAGUCGUUAUCGCCGAACGGAAAUGGUUCGUCAAACGAGGGAACAACAAAUGAAUCACCUAGAAAUAUUGAGGAUAAUGUUAAUCACUAUAGUGGUAAGCAACCAACGGCAGAAAUUUUGAAUGAUGCUGGUAAUCAAGAGAAACAAGAAACUGCUCAGCUUUCUGCUUCAGAUGAUUUACUUUCACAAGUGCUGCAAGAAGUUGAUAUACCGAUUGAGUUUGGAUUCGAUGAUGAUGUUGACGCUGUUAAGAGCAUUGCCGAUAAUAAUGAUGUUGACAAAAAUAGUGUUGAUAUUAAACUCAACGGUGAUAAUGCUAGCACAUCUAGAACGUCUAGUGCUCCUGUGGAAAUACUAACCCAGCCACAACAAGAGUGUUCCUCGACGAAUGCAACAACAAGCGCUUUAGAGGAUUCGAAUAGUUCAAGUGAGAAGGUGGUAAAUAAUUGCACGAAAGAAGACGAAGAAGUUGAAAAACGAGUGAAAAAUAUUUUGAAGGCGUAUAGUAUAAAUGAAAGUACGUCCGUUUCGAGUAUAUUGAAAGGAUACGGUCGGGUUAAUUGUAAUUAUGCUUCUAAUAAUCGGAGACGUUUUUGGCGAUCAAUGCCAAACCGAUCUGGCAUAAAACAAAACGGUUAUGUUCAAAGCAGUUGUGGUAAUGAUAGUGAUAAUAAUGAUGGUACUAACCUUGAAAGUAUUAAUAAUGAUAGUAUUAAAAACAGUGGAGUGAUAACAACAUCGGAUCAUGACACUGAUUUAGUUGUGAAUCGGCUGAGUACUGAACAUUCGCGAAAAAGAAAGCAGAACCUUUCUGAAGAUUCAAUUGCCAACGAAUCAUCUUGGGAUCAACUUGACGAUAUUCAAUUGAAACGAGGUGACCUAAGAGAUGGGAGUGCACAGUCGACGAUCAAUCAUCCUGCUCAGAAUUCGAACGAAAUGGCGAGUUCUUCGAAUGUAGUCGAAGAGGAGUUCAGUGAAAGCGGUGGAAUAAUGGCUGAUCAACUGAUGGAUUGUCCUGAUUCGGAGUUGAUCGAUAUCCCGAGCGGUGAUAACAAUAGUGCUGAUAAUCAGUUUCCUGCAGCUAGCACUUCAGUGCAGCACUUCAAUACAUUACUGAGCGCAUCUGAUGAUGUCGAUGAAACUGUAUUUCCGCUUCGUUUCAAUACCGGUUCAGUAUCAUGCUCAUUGCCGUAUUUUCCCGUAACGGACGCAAGAAUGGCUUUCGUCAGUGGACAAUUUAUUGCAGUAUAUGCAACGGUGUUUAACGGUAGAAAAUCAAAUGCGUUGUUCGAAGCGAGUUUUGCGGAGGCUCAGAAAAUAUAG